UGGUCACUUCCGGAAAAACAACAAAAUGCCGACUUUCAAGAUUUUGAUACUACUGGCAGUAUUUAUUCAAAGUUUAGCUGAACAACUUGAAUCAGAAUCAAAAGAGCAGUUCAGUAUCGAGGGUAGAGUCGAGGUCGUUUCCACAUCGAGCAAAGAAUGGCUCAGUAACACACAGGUCAUGAUUGAUGGUGGCCAGUUUGUUGCUCAUUUGAAAAGUGAUGGAAGUUUUGUCAUAAAUGGAAUCCCAUCAGGAACCUAUGUGGUUGAUGUUCAAAAUCCAGACUACUUGUUUGAACCAAUGAGAGUGGACAUCAAUGGGAAAGGCAAGAAGAGAGCUCGCAAGGUCAAUCACCUCCAGCCAUCUGUGGUCAAGACUGUCCAUUACCCCCUUGAGUUUCGCGAGAGGAGAAAGCCAAACUAUUUCCAGAAACGUGAACAGUGGAAACUUACAGAUUUCCUAAUGAAUCCGAUGGUUUUGACGAUGGUUUUGCCAUUGGUGAUGAUAAUGGUUCUCCCAAAGAUGAUGAAUGCUGCAGAUCCAGAAGCACAAAAGGAGAUGCAGAGUCAGAUGAAGGCGCUGAACGAUCGGUCGGCGAUGCCAGACAUCUCUGAGAAGUUGGCCGGCUGGCUGGGCGGAGGAAGCACAUCAAAACCUUCCAAGAAGGACAAGAGAAGAUAGCGUGCCUUAAAACUUUAUGAUCUCUGGAAUAGUAGUUGUUGAUAUAAAGAGUAUGAAUGUCAAACAAGUCCAGUUGAAGUGUAAGGAUGUUGAUAAGUAGAAUUGUUGCAGUUUGGUUGAAUUAUUUAUGUAGAGUUUUGAUGAGAAUUGUGAGACUGUUUGUUGAAAGUUAUUUGUAAUCAGGGAUAAUAUAUAAAUGAUCAGAAGACAGGAGCAACAUUAAUGAACAACACUCUGUACAGUCAAUUUUACUCCACUAUUACUCCAGUUAUAUUUUUUCUCGUUCAACACAUCAUGUAAAAGCCUGCAUUAGUUCAAAAUCCAGGAUAUGGUAGAAACCAUUAAAAGUCAAUAAGCAAAAGUCAUUCAUAUAAGAAGUAAUACAUAUAUAUAUUGUUAUCUGUUCAAAAAGGUCACAUUUUCUAAUGCAUGAAUUUAUCAUUAUUUUGCUUGAAGAAUAUUAUUGUUAACUUCCUUGAUGCUCAAAAGUGCAAUGUGUUAGCUUUGUUCUUUAUUCCUACACAUAUAUGUCAUGUUUGUCAGAUGUUGUAUUGUUUGUAUUAUUAAAUAUUGAACAUACAAUU